AUGGCCGGACAUUUCCGGGGCAGCCUCUCUCCAGCGGCCAGCAAGGCCUUCCCCACACUACCCCAGUUUUCUGGCUUCAUGAAGCCUUGCCGCUUUGAAGGGGAGCAGAAAUAUGUGCAGACUGAGAAGUUCAGUCGCGAGAGAGAAGCACAACGUGCUCUUGCUGGUAAAUACCGAAACAAGUACACGGAUGCUGUCGAGUUCAAAGUUCGCACAACAGCCAACACAAACAUCUUCUAUUUCAACAAGGUCCUCCUUGCCAUCAAGGAAGAUGCGCCGCCGUAUGCCAUGGACCCUGUCACUCUAGAAACCAUCGGUCUCUGUGACUUUGAAGGCCAGUUACCGAGCCUUACAUUCACCGCCCAUCCAAAACUCGACCCUUCUACCAAGGAGUUAGUAUGCUUCGGUUACGAGGCUAGGGGGGAUGGCACUCCGGAUGUCUGCUACUACAAUAUCAACCCUGACGGCAAGUUUACUCAGGUCGUGUGGAUGAUUGCCCCUGUGGUGGGUCUUGUUUCCGAUGAUUCCGCAAAUUUGCGACAUAGAUCGACUUAA